UGACUGGAAUGCGAGACGGGGAGAAUUUCAUAUGGCACACGGUGGCGUCUAUGUGGACGUGAAACGUGGUGGAUCGGUCGCCGUGUGAAGUUAUUAUCAUCGAUCCUUUUCAGUCUGAGGUGCACAAGUUUUACAUUCGAUGGCAUAGGAACGCCAGAUAUUUGAGCAAUGAGAGCCCGUCCAACCUCCAUUCAUAGCUUUGUCAGUUCAGAUAUUUCAUCAAUGCAACAAACGACCCUCUGGGAGUUAAUGCUUAUCGCAACGCUGCGAUAUGUUAUCAUGUUGUCUCCCUGAGCUCGAUCCGAAACAAAAACAUCCACCAUGGAGCGACAAACUCGAGAUAUACCAUCAUUCGCAGUCGAGAAUUAUCACGAAAACAAGUGUCAAACUCCCCCGUCAUCAUUCCAGCUCAAAUAUCAUGCCCCCCAUUCCACUAACGGCAAGGGCAACUCUCAAGGACUCACUCCCCCAGCUCAGCUCAGCUCAGCCCCAGCUCAUAUUAGAGUAGAACACCAAGUCCGAAGCCCAAGCCCAAGCCCAGCCCAGUCCCAGAGCUCAUGCCAGGCCAAAACCAGGGGCCCCAUAGCCAUCAAUAAUAACAUGCAAAGCGUUUCAGGUGUGGCUCGCCUCCUAGAAAGAGUUUUCUCGGGGGCUUGGGCUAAAGGCUGGGCCUGCCUGUCCUGCCCUGCCCUGCCCUUGCUUACAAGCCCAGUGGGCCUCCCUCGCCUACCCCGCUGCCUGCCCGCCCGCCCGCCCGCGUGCCCGGCCUCGUCCUCCUUAACUACAGCCGGGCGGGGCUUGGCCUGGCAGUGCGGGGCUUGCGUCCUGCGGCCCAGGGCCGUGCCGGACUUGAUUUGAACACGAGGCGUGACACUUGAGUGUCGAGCUGACCCCAGAAUAGCACGAGCAAAUCUGCCCGCGGUCAGAGCGAGACAUCACAAUGAUCAUCACUUCUUACCAUUUCUCCCCGUUCUCGGCGCCGUCCGGCACGUCCACCGGCGACGACGACGACGACCGUAGCACUCGAGAACGAACCAAAAUAAGACACAUCUCACCUCCGAAAUUCUGCCUGGGCUGCCGCACCUUUCGUCGCUAGAAUUUGUGAUCCGUCAACAUUCAUUCGUCGACAUAUACCUUUUGGACGUUACAGCGCUGCCUGAAACACAAGCGUACAAUUUUUCUCAUUCGGACAUUUAAUCCUCGAUUUCCAUUCUAGACUCUCUCGGC